AUGAAGAUCCUUCAGCUUCAGCUCUAUGUAUUAAUGUGUUGUCAAGCUGCAGUUUCAGAUCUAUCAACUGAUUUGGGAUCAAAUGUGACCAUAAACUGUGAUCUUGAUGAAAAUGAGGUUUAUUGGAUUUUACUGAAAACAUCAGAUCCUCCGACAGUGAUUCUACGAUCAUUCUCAACACCAAAAUCACCUUUUUACUUUAACAAAACAUUCAGAAACAAAUAUUCAGUGCAGUUUAAACAUCGUCUGGUUAUUAAUAAUGUGACUGCUGAUGAAUUAGGAGUUUAUUACUGUAUGAACACAGAAACACCUCCAAAACUCAGCAACAGCACCAGACUAUACAUCACUGAAUCAGCUCAUCUAACUGAGUGUCACAAUCAUACAGUGGAGGAGUUUAUUGAUCAGAAUCAGACACAAUGGCAGAUUAUCAUCAUCAUCAUAUCUGGCCUGAUGAACGGACUUCUGCUCAUUGUGGUGAUCGGACUAUUAAAGGUUUUUGUUGUUGGAAAUAAAAGAUCUUCAGAACGAACACAACAACUCAACACUGAUCUACAGCAGAUGCAGGUUACAGAGCAGCAUCAGGACCAAUUACAGCUCGAGCUUAUAUCGUUUUCUUCAUUGCUCUUUCGUGAGGUGGAUUUUUCCAAGCUGCGUAGAAAUAUUCGGACAAGCCAAGUCAACAGCACCUAUGCUGCUCUAAAGCCACCAACACAUAACACAUGA